AUUCGCUUCCCUCCCUUGGGAAGGAUCCGUCCUACGUCACGAGGAGCUGGAGUUACUCGUUCACUUUUCUAUUAGGAGACUUUUGGGACACUUGAGCGGGAUCAGCGGCGCUCGACGAACACCUUUCGAACGAGCGGGAUGAAACGCGUUAUUCUUUUGCAAACGAACCAUCAAAAAGAGUUUCAUUCACUGCACACUUGAGACAAAACGCGCUUUGUUCACACGCACAAACUCACUUAUCACUUGAGGAGAAAUUUGGAAGUUGUAUCGCACUGAUUCCUGAAUCCAGCUGCAUCAGAGGAAUGUUCCCUGUAAGGAUGUACACACUAAGGAUUACGCCUAGAAGUCAUCUUUUGCUGAUAUCCGUCCUCCUCACAACAUUUGCACGCACAGUGGCUGACGUGAAUCUGUCGGACUCUGGAGAGAUCGAGGCUAUAGCUGAGGCCCAAAGUGGAGGACUGCCAACAGCUGAAGGUUACUUCCUGGAGUUUGUGGAGCCGCCAAACAAUAUAACUAUAGUGCAGGGCCAGACGGCCACUUUACACUGCAAAGUGGCGGGCUACCCGCGGCCCAGCAUCCGCUGGCUUAAGAACGACGCCCCUGUGGUGCAGGAGCAGGGCCGAAUCUCCAUCCGCAAGACAGAGGCGGGAUCCAAGCUCCGCAUUCAAGACCUGGACACCACCGACACCGGAUACUACCAGUGUGUGGCUUCAAACUCCAUCAAAGUCAUUUCGGCUACUGGAGUGCUCUAUGUGCGACUGGGGAGUGGAGGACAAUCUCCGGCCCAUGGAGGAGAGGAUUCGACGCAUGAGAAGGGCUUCUGCCAGCCGUACCGAGGCAUUGCUUGCGCUCGAUUCAUAGGGAACAGGAGCAUCUAUGUGGAGUCUCUGCAGAUGCAGGGAGAAAGUGAAAACCGCAUCACUGCUGCGUUCACCAUGAUUGGCACCUCUACCCAGCUAUCAGACCAGUGCUCUGAAUUUGCCAUCCCGUCCUUCUGCUAUUACGUCUUCCCGUUAUGCGAGGAGGGCACCAGAGGUCCACGACAGCGCCAGCUCUGCCGUGACGAGUGCGAGGCUUUAGAGAACGACUUGUGCAAUGCGGAGUACACCAUCGCACGCUCCAACCCUCUCAUCCUCAUGCAGCUCGAGCUGCCCGUGUGCAACCUGCUUCCCCACCCUGGCUCGCCCGAAGCUGCCAGCUGCAUUCGCAUCGGCCUGCCACCGCAAUAUUCACCCCCAAAUCACAGCUGUUACAACGGAAGCGGCGCCAACUAUAAAGGCACGGUCAGCGUCACGAAAUCAGGCUACCAGUGCCAGCCGUGGAGUGCACAGUAUCCACACAAUCAUCAUCUGAUGCCGACAGAGUAUCCUGAACUCAGAGGGGGCCACAAUUUCUGCAGGAACCCCGGAGGGCAAAUGGAGAGCCCUUGGUGUUUCACGUUGGACCCUAAUGUUCGAGUGGACAUGUGUGACAUUCAACCCUGCAAGCCUCCAGAGAAGAUGAAAAAGGAGAUACUGUACAUCUUAAUCCCCAGUAUAGCCACCCCUCUUGUUAUUGCCUGCUUAUUCUUCUUGAUCUGCAUGUGUCGCAACAAACAAAAGGAGUCUGCUGACACCCCUACUCGCCGACAACUCACUGCCUCACCGAGUCAAGAAAUGGAGCUGCCUCUGCUUAACCAGCACAAGCAUCAGGGAAAGCUACGAGAACUCAACCUUUCUGCAGUUCGAUUCAUGGAAGAGCUUGGAGAGGACCGUUUCGGAAAAGUCUACAAGGGUCAUCUCUAUGGUACAGCUCCAGGUGAACAGACCCAAGUAGUAGCCAUAAAGACCGUCAAAGACAAAGACGAGGGACCUCUAAGGGAAGAGUUCCGGCACGAGGCCAUGCUCCGGUCUCGCUUGCAGCACCCCAACAUCGUCUGCCUUUUGGGUGUGAUAACCAAAGAACAGCCCAUGAGCAUGAUCUUCAGCUAUUCGGGGCACGGUGACCUCCACGAGUUCCUGGUCAUGCGAUCCCCACAUUCAGACGUGGGCAGCUCUGAUGAUGACAAAACGGUCAAAUCCACUCUGGAACAAGCAGACUUCCUACACAUUGUCACGCAGAUAGCAGCCGGGAUGGAGUAUCUUUCCAGCCACCACGUUGUACACAAAGAUCUAGCUGCUCGGAACAUCCUGGUGUGCGACAAGCUCAACGUGAAGAUCCUGGACCUUGGGUUGUUCCGUGAGGUCUAUUCGGCCGACUACUACAAGCUAAUGAGCACCAGUCCCUUCCCAAUCCGCUGGAUGUCCCCGGAAGCCAUAUUGUACGGGAAGUUCUCCACCGAUUCAGACAUCUGGUCCUACGGCGUGGUUCUGUGGGAGAUAUUCAGCUAUGGCCUUCAGCCGUACUGCGGCUAUUCCAACCAGGAUGUGAUUGAGAUGGUACGCAACAGACAAGUCCUUUCCUGCCCAGAUGACUGUCCAGCCUGGAUCUACACGCUGAUGCUAGAGUGCUGGAACGAGUUCCCCGCGAGAAGGCCACGGUUCAAAGACAUUCAUGCACGCUUGCGCACUUGGGAGAGCUUGUCCAACUACAACAGCUCGGCGCAAACCUCAGGAGCGAGCAACACCACUCAAACCAGCUCCCUCAGCACAAGCCCGGUCAGCAACAUCAGCAAUGCCCGCUACGUCAGCCCCAAAAAGUCUUCCCCCUUUCCUCAACCUCAGUUUGUGUCCAUGAAGGGCCAGAUGCGCCCAAUGGUGCCGCCCCAGCUCUACAUCCCAGUCAACGGCUACCAGCCGAUGCCGGCGUAUCCGUACAUGCAGAACUUCUACCCCAUGCAGAUCCCCAUGCAGAUGCCUCCACAGCAGUUGCACCCACAGUUGGUCGCCAAGGCUGGAUCGCAUCACAGCGGCAGCGGCUCCACCAGCACCGGCUAUGUGACCACCGCACCCUCCAACGGAUCUGGCACGGAUAAGGCCGCCCUUAUGAAUGAAGACCUAAAGGCGACAGAAGAGGAUUUCGCGGACGGAGCUUCUCAAAGUGGCAUGCACAACGAGGACCUUUCUGUUCCAGAGACAGAGCUCCUCGGGGACAAUGACAGCCCGCAGAUAGAGGACAAUGAUAUCAACUUGGAAGCGUAGACGAUCUUUUAGAUCGGUUAGAUGAGAAGACUCAUUCUUCGAAACUUGUACAGGUUUAAAAAGUGAAGGGAAGCCAGUGAAUGACACAUGGACGUAGUGUUAUUUAUGGGUUUUUUGUUUUAGCCGCAGCCAGUGGUGGAUAAACACAUCGUGCUGUUGGAGAUAUUUUUAUAAGAACUGUCAGCUUCACCCAUGAGCUGCAAUUUUUAUAGUCUAUGAUGAAGAAUCAAGCUUUUCAGCAGAUAUCUUGUUGGUUUGGUUGUUUUUAAUCACGUUGCAAAGCUAUUCAGAAGAAUGCAUGUUCUUACUGUUGCUGUGCAACAUGAAACAUCAUUUCAAGCAUUUUGUGGGUACCAUUCAUUAACCACUUCACAGUUGGCGGUGUCAUUGAGAACAAGUCAUUAAUUGAGCCUUUAGGCUUUGCAUUAUUAAAUGUAUUUCUUGCUUGAGGGCUUUGGUAAA